GUCACCCUGGAACUUCUAUGUGGGCAUGCGUAGCUACAGCAUACACGUGAAGUGGACGGCAUGGCUGAAAAAACAGAGUUAACGUUGGACCAGGCGCAGGUAAAGAAAGCCGUUCAAGCCUUGCAGGCUUUCCUUAAAACCAAGGCUACUGGUGAGUCGUUGUUCCUGAACGAAACUCAUCAGAUCAGCCUGCUCUUUACCCUAUGGAAGAUACCCAAAGUGGCACAGACCAUCCGCAUACCCUUGCCCAAUGGCCAGCGUCCAGACACAGAGGAUAUCUGCCUCUUCACAAGAGAUGAGCCUAAGAUGACUUCAGAGCAGACACAGAGGUUUUACAAGAGGCUGCUGGAGGAGAAGGGUGUCAAAAACAUAUCUGAGAUUAUACCUUAUAAAGUACUGAAGACAGAAUACAAACCAUUUGAAGCCAAACGCCGCCUGCUUGGGAACUUUGACUUAUUCCUCUCUGAUGAUCGUAUCCGCCGCCUGCUGCCAUCACACAUUGGAAAACACUUCUAUGAAAGAAAAAAAGAGCCACUGUCUGUGAACCUGCAGAGUAAACAUCUGGCCAGAGACAUCCAGAGAAUAAUCCAAGGCACCACCUUGAAGAUUACCAACAAAGGCAGUUGCUGUAUGGCACGUGUUGCCCAUUCGGGCAUGACUGCAGAUGAGGUGACGGAAAACAUUGAAGCUGCGGUUCAGACUAUCGUGGCUAAAUUGCGAAUGAAAGGCCCAGUGGUGAAGCUGAUCCACUUAAAGAGCCAGACAUCAGUGGCACUGCCUAUCUACACCUCAGACCUGAACCAUCUCAGCAUGCUGCAGACUGCAGAAGAUAAGGGAGCCGCAAACAAAAAGACAAAGAAGAUCAAGAAAGAGAACAAAAAGCAAGCAGAUACUACAGCAGAGAUCAGGGAAGAGCUAAAGGAAAAGACGGAGGAAGAGGACGAAGAAGUCCCACAGCUGGUUCCCAUAGAAACACCCAGCAAAAAGCCUAAACUGGAGAAGCCAACCAAAAAGAAGCAGCUGCAGAAAGCAUCCAAACCUGCUGCAGCAAAGAAAAUAAAGGCUCAGAGCAAAGUGACAAAAAAGGCUGGAAAGAUGGAGUCCAAAGGGAAAAGAAAAGGACCUAAAGUGAAAUGAUUCUUCUUGGUGCUGGUUUGGAGUCUCGACGUGGACAUUUAACACAGCUCAGAGUGUGGUCUGUGUAUUUAGUCUGUUUUUGCUUUAUGAACCGUAUUAUAAAGUCUGAUAUGUAAAA